AAUGACAAGCCUUAUCUGUUUCCUCCAACUUGUUACAAUGUAACAUCCAGUUGAGCGGCGAAACUGAUACAAAUGCACGCGACACGGUCUUCUGUUGAUUCAUGCGUUUGCAUUUCACAAUGACCCCAGUGGAAACAAUGGACUGCAACUAAACAAAAUCCGUUUCCAGGGACGAGGACGAGUGUCGGCCAUGGCAGCAGGCGUCAGUUUGUUGAGUGACCUGCCAUACACCACCAGCAGUUCAGCUAACAGCAGAGAGUCCAACGCUGACAUGGAGCCAGUGAAUGUCCGAGUACCGACUGCAAAGUACACCAAGGUGGGCGAGACUUUGAGGCAUGUCAUCCCAGGACAUAUGCAGUGCUCCAUGGCGUGUGGUGGUCGGGCAUGCAAAUACGAAAACCCUUCUCGCUGGAGCGACAAAGAGCAAGCCAUCAAAGGACUGUACUCCUCUUGGAUAACCGAUAACCUGUUGGCCAUGGCAAGACCUUCAACUGAAAUUAUUGAAAAAUUCAACAUCAUCGAACAGUUUCAUAAGUGUGGCUUAAAGACAGUAAUCAACCUGCAGCGUCCAGGGGAACACGCCAGCUGCGGCAGCACUUUGGAGCCAGAGAGCAGUUUCACAUAUCGCCCAGAGGUUUUCAUGGAGGCAGGGAUUUAUUUUUACAACUUUGGCUGGAAAGACUAUGGCGUGGCAUCCUUGACUACUAUUCUUGACAUGGUGAAGGUGAUGUCAUUCGCCAUGCAAGAGGGCAAAAUUGCGGUCCACUGCCAUGCUGGACUCGGCAGAACAGGUGUCUUAAUAGCAUGCUUCUUAGUAUUCACAUCCCGGAUGAGUGCAGAUCAGGCCAUUUUGUUUGUUAGAGCUAAACGUCCAAAUUCCAUCCAGACUCGCGGUCAACUGUUGUGUGUGCGAGAGUUCGCCCAGUUCCUCGUCCCACUGCGGAGUGUAUUCUCGUGUGCCGAGCCCAAAGCUCACACAGUCACAUUGUCGCAGUACCUGACUCGUCAGCGGCACCUACUACACGGCUAUGAAGCGCGACACAUGAAGAACACGCCAAAGAUCAUACACCUGGUCUGCAGGCUCCUGCUGGACAUAGCAGAGAACCGACAAACGGUGGAAGAGGAGGUGUUGGACAUCCCAGACCUGACUGAGGAAGUGGAGAAAACUGUCUCGCUGCAAGCCCUUCAGCAGUUAGGGAAGGAGAUGAGGGGGAAAGGGAUUCCCAUAUCCUUACCUCGCUCUCCUGACCAACCCAGCUUGCUUCUUAAAGGGCCGCAGUGUGAUCCACCUCAUGACCGGCCGCUCUGUAGCGACCAGGAGUUUGAUGUUCUCUGGAGAUGGCCGACAGUAGACAACACCUACAAGUCUCAGCUCAUCUUAAGUAAAUGUCUUAGCUAUAGCGAUUCAGCCUUGCACAAACUGGACCCAAGGGUGCAGGUACAAAAAAGUCUCCAGAAUGCUCUUGGCAGCAAAUCUGGUUUAAACUUUACAGAACUUUAUUCAUCGCAGAACAGAUUGGCUAUACAGACCCCAGAACUUCUGUCAUCCCCAUUGACAUCUGAAAUCAACAACAGUCCCAAACAUGGCUCUUUAACUGGUUCCUGUAGCUCCCUGGUACAAUCCAAAAAAGUUGAAGGCCAUGCAUCCUGCUCUCCUGUCUCCAUAAAACGGGUACCUCUGAAGGAGGCAAAGCGCAGCAUGUCCUACGGCUUUCUAGAGAAGUCCCGUGACAGCAGGACAGCGUUCUCAACGUGUCAAGGCGGCAAAAGUCACCCGUCACCCGAACAAUUCACAGAUGUUCCUAUUUUAAUGCUUCAAAGUGAACUCUCCCCUGAGACUCGUCAUCUGUUUGUGGCCAAAGCUCUCACGAUGGACAUUCAUGGAGAGGAACUCAGCACAGUCUCAGUGUGGCAGAGAGAGCUGAACUCCCGUGAAGGUGCAUGGGAGAGGUUGUGCACCGAAAGAGAUCCUGUUGUGCUCUCCACACUCAUGUGGUCUUGGCUAGAGCAACUUAAGGAGCCAAUCAUCACAAAAGAGGAUGUGGAGACUUUGGCUGGAAACCAAUUUAGUCCCCAAGGUGCUCUGAAUUCAAUCGACAAGGGACAAAAACAAACCCUUCUGUGUAUUCUUGAUUGCGCUGCUCAUUUGCUAAAAAUACCCGAGGAGGUUGAGAAUGCCUUUUUUGAACGUACAAUCAAAGCAUUUACUUGGAUUUCCCCAGAUUCAGAGAAUGGGCGGUUAAUCUAUAAGACUCUGAAAGAUGUCAUGAUCCCUGUCCUCAGAGAUAUGAGGACAAAAGCUAUGGAAGAGCUUGAGCUGACCUGACACCCUCUCCCAUGUACCCUGACACUGGAUGUGGAAUCUGAAAUCUGGAGUCUGCACUGUAAUUUUGAAGAAGAAAAAAAAGAAACAAACAGGUUUAGUGUUUUUUUUUUGUACUCAUUCUCAUUCAAAUAAUUUAUUUUAACAGCUUUUAUUUGUGAGAGAACAAUAAUUACUGCCAUACAUGUAUGUGCCACAAGUUUUUUUUUUAAGGCUAUUUUUCUAAUUUUGUUCCUUAAUAGUUUAUUUUUGGUACACAAUAUUUAUUAGCUAACUGAGGAAACUAUUUAUUAAUAAGUAUGUCAUGUAUUUAUUUUAUGACUUUGUUUGGCUCUAACGAACUGAGGAUUCUCAUGAAAAUGUGUUUUGUCAUAUAAGAAUACUGUUUGAAUAGAUGGAUGAUGUCAAAUGUACCUCAUUAUUGACUAAACCAAAAUAAUAUCACUGUGCAACAUGUCUCAUUUUAUGACACAGUCUUUAAUACUUUUAUUGAAUGAAGCAAACUGCCAGAUUUGCUGAUUCUUGCCUUUGCAAUUUAAAGGUUUGUAUUUAAGCUACAAUAGAGGACAAGUGAAUGCUUUCAUUCAUGAUGCAACACAGUUUACUUUAGGAAUAGCUCAAAAUGGCCUUGAUCAAUUUAUUUGAGAAUGUAUCAAUACAAUUCCUGCUAAAACAAAAUCCUGUCCUGUACAGGCUUUUGCAGGAUGAUCUUUACAUUUUAUUGGCAUUAUUUAUAACUAAGCUGCUUCUUUUAAUGAACUUAGUACUAUGUUUGUCUUGUGGUGUUUUAGUAAAUAACACUGUGGUGUUGAAACUGACCUAAUUUGUCAACUAAAAUGCUAACAUUGUCUUGUCUAUUUAAGUAAAUAUCAUGUAGGCUGCAGAAUACAAGUAUAUUCAUUCAUGUCUAGAGUUGUAAGUUGUUGGUUUUUUUUGUCCGAUUCUUAAUGACAGAUUAUUGUGGAUUUUUCCAAAGCACUAUAUGGGCCAGAUUUACUAACAGUUUGAAACCCUCUCUUGGCAUUAAAAAAAACAAAAACAACUACUGACAGGAUUUACUAGCUAAAAAAUUAGCGCUGAAAAUGAAUGGAUGCAGUUAUUUUUUGCGGCUGACCUUAUUGCACAUGCAUUUUUUGGAGUUUUCCUUUCAGAUGCAAAAUUUAUGAGAGGAGAGGAGACUAUAAUGAAUCACGGCAGCAACACGAUUUACCAUUACUAAGGUUUGCACUAGUCAAUUUACUCCUAUGCGCUAUUAUUUAACACUCUUAAAAUAGCUUGUUUUAAUCCUGAUGCUAAACACUUUUAUGGGAUUGCGCUCUUAUGCUAAUUUGCCAUGUUUAGUGGAUCUGGCCCUAUUAUAUAUACGUAUAUAUAUAAUAUUGAUAAACUAUUUUUUAUUUAUUAAUUUUUCAUUCAAGUCGAUCAAAUAAAGAUCUGAAUGGUAUCUUUUUGCAUAGUGUCUGCCUUCAUUAACCAAGAUUCUUUAUUGCGCUAUUAAAUAAAUCUUGUUCAUU